AUGCCAUCCUAUAUUUUCAUCCUGCAUUCAUCUGGUGUUUCGUGUGAUUCUGCGCUUCUCUCUCAGGCAGCUCAUUGUGCCUCCGCACUUUUCAGUUCGGUCCGUGGAUGUUCUUCAGAUUUCGUUCCGACGGUAGCUGUCAUUCGCGCGAACCCUGUUGAAGGUGUGCGGUAUGCGUACACGUCGACUGUUAGCGACAAUCGGUACGACUCGUUUGUAGAGGAUGCUGUGAUGCAGUACAGCGGCAACGUUAACGAAGCUGAUGGCAGUGACCGUGCUUCUCCCAGGUUCAGUGGCCGUUCGGUGGUGAAUUUGCAGCGGGCGAUUCUACAGUGUGGUGAUAUCCGUGUGAGUGAUAAACAAGAUGCCGAGCCUGUGGGCGUGUGGCGCUGUCUUGCUGGAGCCAUACUGGCUGCAUGCUGCUUUCUUCGGUCAUAUUCCACGUGUCCUAGCGAGAGUUUCGAUGAGUGUGGUGCAGAGGUGUGCGACGCAUUCGUCCCUGCUGGUGUGGCGAUGAUUAUAUUUAGCGGUGUGUGCGACACGCGGCCAUUAUCCUUCUCGGAAGAGUGUCCUUUCUCAGCAGCUGUUACAGCUGCUACGAGACUCCGUACUGCUGUUCAUGUCUUCGGGCCGGCGGUUGUUUCUAGCGCACUUGGGUUGCGUCUUCAGGCUCUUGCGAAUACUACGGGAGGGAUUUGGGCGCCUCAGUUCGCACUGUCACAUGUGGGCUACUUGAUGGAGUUGGCUGUUAGGCGGAACGGCCAACGGGAGAUGGACAGCGCUACAAAUAGUCGUCGGCAGCGGGAGCUUCUUGUUGAGCGCUACGUGGUGCCACCUGCCUGCUUACCUCAGGAUCCCGCGCAAACCGGCGUUGCAAGUGGGGAGAACGUGAGUUAUUUGGCGUGGCUUUGCUCCGCUUGUUUGGCAACCUUGGUGCGUCACCCACAUGAGGAGGUGGGGGCCAUCAGAAUGUGUCCCUACUGCGCCGCUUCUAAGUGA